UGUCAACAAACUGAUACAGCCACACUUCGACAACUUGGACUAUUUUUGCGCAUAAAGUGCAACAUGCUUCGACACCGGACAUGAGAUUUAACGGGGAGAUGUUACAGAAUUUCUGAAGAGAUUUUUGGCCAAAAGUGUUCCGUCUUGAUUUGUCGCAUUGUUGACCAAUAGCCUGGUAGCUAGCUAAGUUAGCUGAGAAGCUAAUUCAUUUGAACUGGCUUUAUCGCCAGGUUCAUUCUUCCUGGUCUUUUUCUGUUUUAUCUGAGGAUAGAGACGCAAAAGUAUUCGUUUGGACAGUUUGGUGCCUCCUCAGGUUCUUGCCAUGGCUGACAGCAGCAUAGUGACUUUAGGGACUGCCCGGAGUCUGCUGGUGGAUUCUUCAGUCUAUGAUUCAAGGAUCGCCGAAACCACCAAGGACCAUGUAUUUCUGGGCAUGGCAUGUGAAGACGGAGAAGAUAUGCUGCCAAAAGUGGAGACCAGGGUUGUUCUGGUGGGAGAAGCAGGCAGAAACGGAGCUCUGGUCAAAGCACUACAGGCCAUCAGAGUAAUGGAGGUACCGGUGGUAAAGAUAAGAGGAGGCGAGGCGGGUGCCGAGGAGAAAAUGAUGAUAAAAUCUAUAGUCAAUAUGGACAUCAACACCCCAUGCAUAAUGACAGACACCGUCCAGGAGAUUGGGGAUGGAGAGAACACUGAAUUCGAGACGGUGUUCGUUCUGACAGACUUUGACUCUCCAGACUACACCUACCUCUACAAACGUGACAACCGCAUCGUGGGGCCUCCUGUUGUGCUGCACUGUGCUGCAAAGGAAGAACCUCUACUGUUUUCGUGUCGUCCUCUAUACUCCACCACCAUGUUGAACAUGUCACUGUGUUUCACCGGCUUCAGGAACAAAGAAGAAAUAAAAAACCUGGUGAAUCUUGUCCAUCACAUGGGUGGAACCAUCCGCAAAGACUUUAGCACGAAGGUUACUCACCUCAUCGCCUACUCCACCCAUGGAGAGAAAUACAGGUUGGCUGUGUGCAUGGGGACGCCCAUCCUUACCCCCUCCUGGAUUCACAAGGCCUGGGAAAGACGAGAUGAUUUGUCCUUUCAUGCGGGAGAAGAAGAGUUCCGAACAGAGUUCAAAGUGCCCCCGUUCCAGGACUGCAUCCUCAGUUUUUUGGGUUUCUCGGAUGAAGAGAAAGCCAACAUGGAGGAAAGGACGCUUAAACAUGGUGGCAGUUAUCUUGAGGUUGGAGACGAGAGGUGCACCCACAUGGUAGUAGAGGAGAACUCAGUGAAGGAGCUGCCAUUUUGUCCUUCCAAGAAAGUCUUUGUGGUCAAACAGGAGUGGUUCUGGGGCAGUAUUCAAAUGGAUGCUCGGGCUGGAGAGUCCAUGUACCUAUAUGAAAAGAACGACAGCCCGGAGAUGAAGAAGGCAGUGUCCCUCCUCUCCCUCACAACCCCCAACAGUAACCGAAAGCGCCGGCGUCUGAGGGACACGCUAGCUCAGCUCACCAAGGAGACAGAAAUCUCCCCCUUCCCUCCGCCACGUAAAAGGGCCUCAGCAGAGCACUCCCUGUCCAUGAACUCUCUACUGGACAUCUCAAACACCCCUGAGACAUGCAAGGCCUUAGCAGAGAGUUCGAAGCCGUCCAAGAGUUCCACUCCGGUUCUGCCUAAGCAGUCAGCCAGGUGGCAGGUCUCCAAGGAGCUCUAUCAGACCGAGAGCAACUAUGUAGACAUCCUGAGCACUAUUCUACAGCUUUUCAAGCUACCGCUGGAAAAAGAAGGGCAGGUAGGUGGACCGAUUCUUGCCCAAGAGGAAAUAAAGACCAUAUUUGGCAGCAUCCCAGACAUCUAUGAGGUUCACACCAGAAUAAAGAGUGACCUGGAGGAUCUGCUGACAGACUGGUCAGAAGACAGAAGUGUAGGAGACAUCAUCCUCAAAUAUUCCAAAGAGCUGGUGAAGGCCUACCCACCCUUUGUCAACUUUUUUGAGAUGAGCAAGGAGACAAUUGUGCGGUGUGAGAAGCAAAAGCCACGCUUCCAUGCUUUUCUCAAGAUCAACCAGUCUAAGCCCGAGUGUGGCAGACAGACACUGGUGGAGCUGCUCAUUAGACCUGUACAAAGGCUGCCCAGUGUGGCCCUGCUGCUUAACGACAUAAAGAAGCAUACGUCCGAUGACAACCCAGACAAGAUAACACUGGAGAAAGCAAUCGAGUCACUGAAAGAAGUGAUGACUCACAUUAACGAGGACAAGAGGAAGACUGAAGGCCAAAAGCAGAUCUUUGAUGUGGUUUAUGAAGUUGACGGCUGUCCUGCCAACUUGCUGUCUUCCCAUCGCAGCCUGGUUUAUCGAGUAGAAACUAUCGCCCUGGGAGAUCAGCCAUGUGACCGUGGAGAAAAUGUCACCCUCUUCCUCUUCAAUGACUGUCUCGAGAUUGCAAGGAAGCGCCACAAAGUGAUCAAUACGUUCAAGAGUCCGCUGGGACAGACCAGACCGCCGCCCCCGCUCAAACACAUCACACUGAUGCCUCUGUCGCAGAUCCGGAGAGUGCUGGACCUGCAGGACACAGAGGAGUGUGUGAACGCUUUCGCUUUGGUGGUUCGCCCUCCGACUGAACAGGAGAACUUGUUGUUCAGCUUCCAACUGGCCGGAGAGGAAACGGUUAAGAGCACCUGGCUGAAAAUGCUUUGCCGCCACGUCGCCAACACUAUCUGCAGAGCCGAUGCGGAGGACCUGAUUCAGUGUACAGAUCCGGACUCGCUCCAGGUCAGCACCAAGGAUAUGGACAGCACACUGAGCAAAGCCUCCAGAGCCAUCAAGAAGACCUCCAAAAAGGUGACAAGAGCCUUUUCCUUCACCAAGACCCCGAAGCGUGUGAUCCAGCGAGCGUUCUUGGCCAACAGCACUCCGGAUGAGAAAGGCCAGAGGCUGAAUUGUGAAAACCGCAUGAGCAGCAGCUCCACACUGGCUAUGUCUCGCUCUGCCUCUACCUUCAGUUUGAGUGAUUCUGCCAAGGGCAGUGCCGUGGUGCAGCGCUCUAACUCUUUGGACCACGCUCCUGUCAGGGCCAGGGUGCCUGUGUGUGUGCGCACACCCUGCAGCCCCAUCCAAAACCCCGGCCCCAUCAUGGGCCCCGAGGCCAGCCAAAGUCUUGCUCCUAACUUCUAUCCAAAGACCCCUAACUCCAACAAUUGCUCCAGUUCCAUCCUUCAUGCUCCAUUAUCGCCCCUACCAGCACCACACCUCCCCACUGAACAGUCCAACUUCUCAGUCGGCCCCAUCUCCACUUCCACUCCAGCUGCCAGAAACUAUACUCAACCUGACUCCAAAAUCUGCAACCCAAAAUCUGGCAAGCUUACAUCCAGACAGCCACCCUCUGUAGGGUUCCAACUACAUGCCCCGGCUUAUCAAACUGUCAAAGGCAGAACCUUUUCUGAGUCAUGCAGGGAUCCUCAAGUUCCACUGGACCCCCGCAAAGCUGGCCUGACAAGUCCUCGCAGGGAGACUCUGAUCUAAACCAUCACUAAGCCCAGUCCUGGAGUCUGAUGUGGAUGCACGCCAUUCCCCCUCCAUGGUUCAUCUGCCCUCCAUGUUUGAGAGGAGGUACCACACAUUCAGUCGAUCGACCACACACUUAAUCUGAAGGGCU